CGCGCGGGCGCGUUUCCGCCGGCCGGUGUCGCGCCGGGUCCCGGGGGCGGGCGGCGGCGGGCGGCGCGGAAGCGGCGUCCGGGCAGCCAUGUCGCCUUUGUCUGCGGCGCGGGCGGCCCUGCGGGUCUACGCGGUGGGCGCGGCGGUGAUCCUGGCGCAGCUGCUGCGGCGCUGCCGCGGGGGCUUCGCGGAACCAGUUUUGGCCCCACAACCCGACCGCGUGGCUGUAGUGACUGGAGGCGCGGAUGGAAUCGGCUAUGCCACGGCGAGGCACCUGGCGAGACUCGGCAUGCGUGUGAUCAUAGCUGGAAAUAAUGCUGGCAAAGCCCAGGAAGCUGUGAGACAAAUACAAGAGGAGACUUUGAAUGACAAAGUGGAGUUUUUAUAUUGCGAUCUGGCAUCUCUGAAGUCCAUCCGGCAGUUUGUGCAGAUGUUUAAGAAGAAGGAAAUCCCUCUCCACGUCCUGGUCAACAAUGCCGGGGUGAUGAUGGUCCCUCAGCGAAAAACCAGGGAUGGAUUUGAGGAGCACUUUGGGCUGAACUACCUGGGCCACUUCCUGCUCACCAACCUCCUCCUGGACACCAUGAAGGAGUCCGGAUCUCCAGGCUGCUGCGCGAGGGUGCUGACCGUCUCGUCGGCCACGCAUUACAUCGCGGAGCUGGACAUGGAGGACCUUCAGGGCAGCCGCAGCUACUCCCCGCACGGUGCCUACGCCCAAAGCAAGCUGGCCCUUGUCCUGUUCACCUACCACCUGCAGAGGCUGCUGGCCGCCCAGGGGAGCCCCGUCACCGCCAACGUGGUCGACCCUGGCGUGGUCAACACCGACCUCUACCGACACGUCUUCUGGGGCACGCGUCUCAUCAAGAGGCUCUUCAGCUGGUGGUUCUUCAAGACCCCAGAUGAAGGAGCCUGGACAUCCGUCUACGCGGCAGUCACCCCAGACCUGGAAGGAAUAGGCGGCCGCUACCUUUACAAUGAGAAAGAGACCAAGUCUCUCGCGGUCACAUAUGACCUAGAUCUUCAAAGAGAACUGUGGGCCAGGAGUUGCCAGAUGACCGGCUUUACUGACGUGACCCAGGACACCUUCUUGGGGUAGCUGCCAUGUCGGGGAAGACCUUACCUUUAGUCCAGCAAACACAGGUCUGUGACAGAUCCCCGUGUCUGCAUUGUUCAUAGCUGCCUGCCUUCAGGACUAUGUCCCCAGAGGUCUCCUGUCUGCUCUCCUGCCUUGGGAGGAAGUCAAGGACCAAAAGGAACAUUGAAUGUCAUUCCCAAGGAGGUGGUCCCAAGCCAUAAAUCAUGUGCCAAAUUUCUACAAGUGCCAUAAACAAUUAAAUGCUGCCUAAUCCC